CCUCCCUUCAACUGCUCUUCAGUCUAAACCUGGCUUACUUCCAGACAGCAGCUCCUACUUUUGCCUGGUACUCAAACCAGCAGCGCUCCCGUGAAUCCGCAGCAGCUGCCGCCUCCUCGGCCGCGACUGGAGACGACUGGGUCCGACCCGCCGCCGUCAGCCAGUGCGGAUAACUCAGAGCACCGCCCAGAACACCACCAGCGGCCGCCCACCACUACCGCCGGCAUAUUCCCCGGCUCGUCCCCUCACGACUAGAUCACGCACGCCACCAUGCCAACAACCGGGUGGCGGCGGCGGCAGCCACACGCAGCUGCUGCGGCCGCGGCUGCUACUGCUACAGCUACAGCUUCGCCGGUGGCGGUCCCUGGCUUUGAGGCCGGAGCUCGCGACAGCAGACCGAGCAGCAGUAGCGGUGCAGGCCAGUUGCAACAGACGGCACCAGGCGGAGGCGGAGGUGGAGGGACGGCUGAGCGCCCCGAGGCAGCAGCCACCAGGAUCAGCAAGGGCUGGGGCGGGCGAGGCAGGGCGGGCGCUGGGGGCAGCAGCAGCGGCGUUGGCAGCGGAGGGCGGCGGAGGUCGUUUGUCACAGCGUUCGGCGCGGCGGCUGUGUCCGCGGCGGCGUGUGUGCUGCUGCUGUGCUGCGGCCUGCUGGUGCUGGUGCCCACACCCACCACAGCAGCGCCCGCCGCAGGUGCUGCAGCGGGUGCGGCUGGGGGGCUGAGUGCUGGUGCGCUGUCGCGGGCGGCUGCGGCGCUGCAGGGUGCGCCUGUGGACCCCACCGCACUGCCCGUGGAGCUCAACCCCUCAGUCAUGGUGUUGGGCGAGUUCGACUGGGUGCCGUACCAGGUCGCGCCGCCCUACACCAGCCGCUGCACGGACAUGGUGGACCGCGCCAAGAAGGUGGCGGGCGGCAGCAGGGUCAACUUCGUGCCCACACACUACUGGAAGGACCGCGACGAGGACGGAUCCAUUGACAGCUUCUGCUACAUGGACAGCACCAUGACCUGCCUCAACCACGACGGCCCCAGUGUGGCCUCCUUCCGUGCCGGCAUGGAGCUGUGCUUCCGGCGGGCCGUGGAGGAGGGGCUGGGCGUCAGUCUGGUGCCACACCUGGACGACGGCGGGAAGACUGCCGCCUGGCGCAACGGGCUGGUGUUCAACCCCAACAAGGCGUACGGCGGACUGAGCUACGCACAGGUGAUGCUGGAGCCGCUGGUGGACGCACUGGCGGCCGCGCUGGCCGCCAAGCCCGACUGGGUGCAGCCGCUGCCGGUGUGGAUGGCGCUGCAGGGCGAGAUGAGUGCCACUGUGUUGCGCUACCCGCACGAGUACACGCAGCUGCUGUCGGAGCUGAAGGAGCGGCUGCUGCGGCGCAUGCGGGCGGCGGGGGCGUCCGAGGCCUACGUGGCGGCGCAGAGGGAGCUCACACAGGUGGGCGUGUCCUUCAACUUCAACAAGGUGCUCCAGGUCAACACGGGCGGCGGCGCGGGCGGCGGCAGCGCGGCGUCGGUGCUGUCGCGAUUCCUGGGUUUCGGCCCCUUCGCCGCCGCCACCUCCUCCCUCACCGCCUUUAUGGGCCGGGGGCUGCUGGCGGCGUCGCAGCUACUGCCGCAGCGGGCCGACGGCAGUAGCAGCAGCGGCGGUGUCAGCAGCGGCAGUAGCAGCAGUGGCGGACUGCAGGCGAUCAGGCGUCAACCCGAGGAGUCAUCCAAGGCCGCGCUCGUGGCGGCGGAGGGCGCAGCUCCGGGGGCCGCCACCACACACGGUCACGACCACAGGCAUGACGGCAAGGAGCAUGACGGCAACAAGCAUGAUGGCAAGGAGGCGAAGGAGGUGGGCCAGGCGAAGUCGGCCGAGGCGGCUGCACGGGCCGUGACGCCCCAUCGCAUCCAAGCCGCCGCUUCCUCCGCCGCCGCCGGCAGCCAAGACCUCCACGCGGCUGCACCGCGCCGCCGCCGCGACCUGCUGCAAGCCGCCGCCGCCAAGCCCGCCGCGGUCGUCCCCACCACGGCGGCUGCCGCCGCCGCUGCCGCCGCCUCCUCUACGGCGCCUGGACCGGGGUCGUCAGCUGGCAAGAUCGACAUCCUGGCCCUGGGGGCGCUGUUUGAGGCCAUUGACUUCUUGGGCAUCUCCGCCUACGCCGCCCUGGACGACCCGGACUUCCCCAUGACCGCCCUGCAAAACGCGGCCUUCACCUACUUCGGGGAGAUGCGCGACCAGGUGGGACUGGAUGUUUCCGCCAUCCUCAAGCGCCGCAACCUGGACCUACACUACAGCGAGUUCGGUCUGGGCGGCGGCAACAGCCCGCUGGGCACCACACCCGCCCGCACCCCGGAGGCGGCGGCGCGCAUGCCCUUCUACGGCGUGUGGGGCGCCUACGCGGGACCCGCCACCGACCCCUGGGCGCCGCCGCAGAUGCGGGCCUUCCUGCACAGCUUCUUCGCCAAAACCCUCAGCUGGCUGGCAGUGGGAGGAGGCCCCACCUACAAGAUCUCUCACUGCUUCCUGUGGGGCAUGGGCUCCUGGGACGUGCUGGGCAUCUACCCCGAGUCCACCACCCCCUCCGGCUCCUUCCGGGACCCCCAGCUGGUGCAGGCCGUCACAGCCCACAACACCCGCGCCGUGGCGCUGGCGCCGCCCCGCAGCAGCAGCACACCCGCCGCCGCCAAAGCCGCGGCGGCCCCCACGCCGCCGGCCGCCAUGCAGGCCUACAGCGACAACACGCAGCAGGCGGGCAAGUAGGGGUGGCUGGUUAGUGGCAGUGGCGGUGGCAGUGGCGGUGGAGGCGCUUGCCUCGGCCCUAGCGUGGCCUGUGUGGUACGUGGACAAAUCGGGGGGCGCAACGUGGUGAGGCCGCGCGCGUGCCUGGACGUGCCUGGGCGGGCAGCACAGCAGCACAGCAGCAGGCGGCGACGUGGGCACCAGCUCCGUCCCCUCGGCCCGCUGCGGCUGUGGGCGCGGGUGCUGCUGGGCGCGUCGCUACCUCCUGGGCCCACCAGCCGGGCAUGUGUGGGUGCGCCGUCGCCGUGCCGGGGUACACAGGGGGGCGCGCACCCGCCUCGGCUGAGAGUGAGAGUCCGUACUAGUGACGACAGUGAGAGUGUGUUGUGUCGGGGGCUGACGGACGGCGGCUGUGGGCGUCUGGUGCGUGGCGCCUGUGCCGCUGCUGGUGUGCAGGUGUGUGUGUGUGGCGCGGUGUGUUGGUGCGUGUGCGUGCUCGUGUCUAUCGGUCGCGCUGCACAGCAUUGGGUGUGAGAGCCUGUAGGCGUGAUGAUUGCUGACGGGUGAUGGAGCGCAGGCGAGGGUAGUAGCAGCUGUAGCAGCUGUAGCUUGAGUGGCGGGGGGUCGUGCGGUACCGCAGCUAGAGGCUGCAGCAGUCCAGCAGGUGGUGCCGCCAGCAGGGCGCUGCGAGUGAUGAGGUAGGUUAGCAACGACAGAGUGCGAGGGUGGACCAGAGGGUACGCCUUUGGCCAAGGGAGGCAUAUGGUGUGUAGACGAGUCGGCAGUCGGAUUGGACCCCGUGGGGCGAAACCUGCUAGGGGCGACUCCGCAAAACAAAGUGACUGGUCCGGAGGUCCAAAUGGCGCUCAGACUACUGAGAUACGGUCCUUGUUGCCUGCGACCCGACGGGUAGGUGGUACGUAAUAACGGAGCCAC